AUAUGGGUUAUCUCUCAGAUUUUCCUAUAGAUAAUUUCUUCUUUAUCCACAGAUCCAAAAUGACUGAACUCAUUCGAACAAUCUUCCUGGCAUUGACUGUACUGCUUUUAUCUCCCAUGAGCGAUGCCAUUAAAAUAACCCCACGGCCCAAAUACCAAUACACCAAGAAGCCCCCUCGAGAGCUGGUCCACACUACCACACAUGUUGGUAAAGCCACAAUCACACCAAGGAUAGUGGACUCUACCAAGACAAAAGACCGUGUUUCUUCUGUUAUCACAGAAAGUACCACUGUCCCUGCUAAUGCAUAUGUGGGCUACCAUCCAGACACCACAGUCACACCCAACAGUGUGCAGGAUAACUAUACUCUGGACUAUACAGAAUGUUACCUCAACUUCUGCGAGUGCUGCCCUCCAGAACGUGGACCUGCUGGACCAAGUGGAGACAUGGGACCUCCAGGACCUCCUGGUCAAAAAGGUGACCCAGGACUCAAAGGGUCUCUAGGACCAAUGGGUCCAACUGGUAUGACAGGACUGAAGGGUGACAAAGGAGAAAAGGGUGAGAAAGGGAGCAGUGGAUUUGCAGGCUCUCCAGGCAAUACAGGGAAGGCUGGACAGAAAGGUGAUACCGGACUUAAAGGUGAAAAAGGUGCAGGUGGUAUGCCAGGACUCAAAGGUUCUAAAGGUGAUAAAGGAGAACCUAGUGAAAACGCAACAAAAGGUGACAGAGGGGAGCAAGGUAAAGAUGGACCACCUGGACCACCAGGCCUGAUUGGAGACAAGGGUGAGAAAGGUGAAAGGGGAGAAUGCGGACUGCUGGGAGAAAGAGGACAAAAAGGAGAACCAGGUGAACCUGGGCCCCCAGGUAUGAGGGGUGAUCCUGGCACACCAGGGCAACAUGGAAUGCAUGGAAACCCUGGCAUACCUGGAGAACGUGGUGAACCUGGGAACCCGGGAAUCAAGGGCGAGCCAGGACCAAAAGGUAAUGAAGGAGCUCCAGGUUUAAGAGGUUUAAGAGGACCAAAAGGUGAAAGGGGUCUUCCGGGAAAGCGUGGUGACCGUGGGCUUCAAGGUAUGAAAGGGACAGCAGGUGACACUGUUGGGCAACUGCGUUCAGCCUUCAGUGUAGGUCUUUACCCAAGCAAGUCGUUUCCACCCUCAGGCUUCCCAGUGCGCUUUGACAAGAUAUUCUACAAUGGAGAAAACCAUUAUGAUGUCAGCAUUAGUAAAUUCAACUGUACUUACCCAGGGGUUUACGUCUUCUCUUAUCAGAUAACCGUCAGAAACAAGCCUUUACGUGCGUCUUUAGUUGUGAACGGGGUGCGAAAGUUACGUUCACGGGACGCACUUCAAGGCCAAGACAUUGACCAGGCCUCCAGCCUGGUGUUACUGAAGCUUGCUGCUGGAGAUCAGGUGUGGGUGGAGACCCUAAGGGAUUGGAAUGGUGCCUAUUCAAGCAGUGAGGAUGACAGCACCUUUUCAGGGUUUUUGCUCUAUCCCGACUGACAUCAAAAACAAACCUGGGUCAGGAAUUGCACUGAAUUCUACAUCAUAAUCAUCAUCUGUGGGAUUGAGAUCCAGAUUCGAGAGAUUGUGCGUGGGACUGUAUUUUAAUCCCUUUCCUGCCCACUCUUGAAGGAAUUGACGAUCCCUCCUCCUGCCAGCGCAGAUUCUCCGUUUAAGAAAUGAACAAAAUUUGUUCUGGUUCCCAAAUUAUAAACAAAUUAGUAUUUUAAACCGUAUAUAAACUAGCCAAGAUGGAGCAGUUACCAAAGAUGAAAGAGUAAAUGCUGUAAAUUCAUUGUACAUUGCACAAACCACUGCAUCCAACAUGCUUUCAUGUUAUCAAACGUCGCCUUUUUCUUACCAUAAUCUUUAUAUCUAACUGACAUGACAUUUUGUUGGGUCAGGCAGGAUCCCGGUCCUGAUGCACGCCUCUGAAAUACCAUGUCUACUUAACAUACAUAACCUGUUGUCUAACCUUGCAUCUGAUGUAAUUCAAUUCUACAUUUUACAGUUACUCAGAUGCAACACCCUAUUUUACCACCGACACACUGCACCCUUUAUCAUUUUUGUGAUUUUACUUUUAAACAAUGAAUGGAAAAAUUUUAACUG